AAGAGUUCUCAGCGCAGGUGGGCAGUAGCCAAGCAGCAGAGCAAAUUGGAGCACUGCUGGAGGACGACUUGGUCGCCCCAGGUACUGUUGCGGCACGGAUGAAAUCAUUCCAUGGCCUGGCGAGCUGUUGAGGAUGUAAUAGAGAAAUCCAGGCAGAAGUCUGAAAUGCUGCGUGACGUUGGUGAUGCUAUCCUCCGAGCAGAGAAACUUGAAGAGGAACUAAAGAAAGCCAAGCAGCAAGCUUCAAAUCUCCAAAUACGGCUGGACAGGAACGCUGUGGAGUACCACAACGAAGUCCAGGCGUUGACCGCUGCGAAAGACGGGCUCGUGGACCAGAACAAGUCGUUGACAGCCCAGAAGAACGAGCUCGUUGAGAAGAACAAGAAAUUACGCCAGAAGGAAACUGGUAAGUGUCUGGCUCUGAAAUUUCCUCGAGUAUUGAUUACGCAGUCUGGCAUACUGACUUGUUUUCCUUGGAGUACUUGCAGAAUUGAAAAAUUCCGUGGCGUAGCUCAACGACGAAGGCACCAACUGGAAGGCCGGCUUCUACCAGGAAAAGGAUCAUCGCGAACAGCUUGAGGCAGAUAUCUAGGUGCUGAACAUGGAACUCGAGCGAGAAUUGCAGCUG